UGACAGGUGUGUGAGUGCAAAGUGUUGUCAUAGCAACGUGCUACUUCCUGUUUCCUUCUCUGCCAGUGUGUCCUACGAACGACGUCUCGUUUAAUUCUAAGUUGAGAAUCAUUAGAGGAUGACACCUCUGGAGGACACAAGGACGCAGCCUUACAAAACGAGACACAUUCAUAAACCGGUAACACUUUACAGUAAGGUUCCAUUUAUAAAUGUGUUCAUUCACGAUUAAUAUGUUAUUUACAAAUACAUGAUUAAGCAGUUUAACUGCAUGAAUAAAAAGAGGGAUUCUAAAGAAAUACUGGAAAACCAAAAGAUAGAAAGUUAUGAGGUUGGAAAGACACACGUUGAAUAAAUAAUAACACAUUUGUCCUUUUGGGUUAAUACGUCCUUCUGAGGUGAACCUGUUAAGCACUAAGGAAUCAAGUCAUUAUAUCAUUCAAACUUAACUUAGUAUUAUCUCUGUAUAACCUCUACACACAUUUAUCUCGUAUUUUACAAGAAUUUUCUUUUAAACACUAACAGCAGCAUAAUGUCGUUCUAUAAGUUACUCUUUCGACAAGAUCCGCGCGUUCAUGUGUCGACUCGUCCACGGCCUCGCGCAUGCAUUGAUAAUGGUAUGACCCAUUGUAGGGGUGCACAAAUAUUCUUUAUUAAUACAGAUAGCGAGCUGUUUCAACGAAUAAAACGUUACAAGACCUCACACAUGUUGUUUGAAGUCCUUCGGGUAUCAAACCUUAAUUAUGUAUUUCGAAAUGAUUUCCAUUCAAAUGGCUAAGUUAUGCACCUUCUUUUUAUUUGAUUUUUGAGUAAAAUUCACCUUGAACUGUAUUGAAGAAAAUGUCCAUCCACACGUGUAACCCAUUGUUUUCUAUCAGCUUAAAACAACUGUUAACAUUAAAAUUUUACUUUAGAGUGUUUGCUGCCUUGCUGUGUGCGUUUGCAGUAUCUUCUCUCCGUGGGGGAGGGGUCUACGCCGUGCGUCUGACGUCAGCGCGCAAAGCCCCGAACCCGAGCCUGAAGCUGUAAACAAUAAAACCCAACCCGUCCGUCAUCCAUGCGCUAAACAUGCAUCUGUCCGCGGUGUCGGUGUCCUUAUCGGUGCUCUUGUGCCUGAUCUGCGGCGGAUUCGCGCGAGGUUACCAUGGCAACCCGUUAAACAAGUACAUCCGUCACUACGAGGGUCUGUCGUACGACACUUAUGUUGUUCACGAGAACCACCAGAGAGCCAAGAGAGCGCUGUCCCAUCACGAGAGCUUCUUACACCUGCAGUUUCACGCUCACGGAAGACAUUUUAACCUCCGCAUGAAGAGAGACACGCGCUUGUUUUCAGAGGACUUCAAGCUGGAGAUGUCUGGACAGGAGAUGAACUACGACACCUCUCACAUCUACACUGGAGAAAUCUACGGUGAAGCGGGCACGGUGACUCACGGUUCGGUGGUGGACGGGAGGUUCGAUGGCUUCGUUCAGACUCAUCAGGGGAUGUAUUACGUGGAACCAGUCGAGAGAUACCUGGAGGACAAGAACGUUCCCUUCCACUCGGUCAUCUACCACGAGGACGACAUCUAUUAUCCUCACAAAUACGGGCCGGAAGGCGGCUGUGCGGAUUCGUCCGUGUUUGAGCGAAUGAAGACGUAUCAAGGGUCGGCCGCCAAGGAGCCAGCGAAGGUGGGGGAUGUGGAAAUAAACGAUGGCGUUCUGCUGAGGAAGAAGAGGAUGACACAGAUAGAGAAGAACACGUGUCAGCUCUUCAUUCAGACCGAUCAUCUCUUUUACAAAUACUACAAGACGCGAGAGGCCGUCAUCGCUCAGAUCUCCAAUCACGUGAAGGCCAUCGACGCCAUCUACCAGGGCACAGACUUCAUGGGCAUCCGCAAUAUUAGCUUCAUGGUCAAGAGAAUACGGAUAAACACAACCAAUGACGAGCGAGAUCGUUCCAAUCCGUUCCGCUUCGCCAAUAUCGGUGUGGAGAAGUUUCUAGAGCUGAACUCUGAACAGAAUCAUGAUGAUUACUGUCUGGCCUACGUCUUCACAGACAGAGACUUUGAUGAUGGGGUGUUGGGUCUGGCCUGGGUCGGAGCACCUGCAGGCAGUUCUGGUGGAAUCUGCGAGAAGAAUAAAUUAUAUUCUGAUGGCAAGAAGAAAUCUUUGAACACUGGAAUCAUCACGGUACAGAACUACGCCUCUCACGUGCCUCCUAAAGUCUCUCACAUAACAUUUGCUCAUGAGGUCGGACACAACUUCGGGUCGCCGCAUGACUCCGGGUCGGAGUGUACCCCGGGCGAGUCGAAAAGCCAGGACAAGAAAGAGAGAGGGAAUUACAUCAUGUACGCCAGAGCGACGUCUGGAGACAAACUAAACAACAACAAGUUCUCUGUGUGCAGCAUCAAAAACAUCAGCAUGGUGCUGGAGAAGAAGCGCGGAACCUGUUUCGUGGAAUCCGGACAGCCCAUCUGUGGAAACGGUCUGGUGGAGCCCGGCGAGGAGUGCGACUGCGGCUACAGCGAUCAGUGCAAAGACGACUGCUGCUACGACGCCAAUCAGCCGGAUAACAAGAAAUGCAAACUGAAACCCAACAGAGUGUGCAGCCCCAGUCAGGGUCCCUGCUGUACGCCCGAAUGUACCUACAAGACUCGCAAUGAGAAGUGUCGAGAGGAGUCUGAGUGCGCUCAUCAGGGCAUGUGUAACGGAGCCACUGCUCAGUGUCCCACCUCUGAACCCAAAGCCAACUUCACCGCCUGUCACGGAGAGACGCAAGUGUGUCUCAACGGGGUGUGCUCGGGAUCCAUCUGUGAGAAGUACGGUCUGGAGGUGUGCACCUGCGCCAGCGUUGACGGCAAAGACGAGACGGAACUCUGUCACGUCUGCUGCAUGGAGAAAAUGAACCCGAGCACGUGCAGCAGUACAGGCUCAGAGCGUCUCGCCCGCUUCUUUAAUAAGAAAGUGACCACGCUGCAGGCCGGCUCGCCCUGUAAUGACUUCAAAGGUUACUGUGACGUGUUCAUGAAGUGUCGUCUGGUGGACGCUGACGGUCCUCUGGCGCGACUCAAGAAAGCCAUCUUUAACCCCGAGCUCUACGAGAACAUCGCCGAGUGGAUAGUGGCUCAUUGGUGGGCAGUUUUACUCAUGGGCAUUGCUCUCAUCAUGCUUAUGGCGGGAUUUAUCAAAAUCUGCAGCGUUCACACACCGAGCAGCAACCCCAAGCUACCACCUCCUAAACCCCUGCCAGGUACCCUGAAGAGACGACGAGCUCAACAAGCCAACCAACAGCAACAUCCUCAGCACCAGAAUCAGCUUCCUCACGCCCAUCAAAACCAGCGGCAGGCUCCACGUCAGGCCCAACGCCAACCGCAGCCGCAGCGUCACCACCGUCAGCCCAGAGAGAACUACCAGAUGGGUCAGAUGAGACGCUGAGACCGCCGGAUCCCCCCGCCCCACAGUGCCUGCCAUCCGUGGUACUGCAGUCGCCCGAAGCCUCUGAUCCACAGUCACACUGAAGAAGCUCGUCUGAUCUUCAACGCAACACUUCAGGACUUUCAACUCUUACAGCCUGCAUUUAGUUUUUUUUACGGUUGUAGAUGUAAAUUCCGUCAGUGUGACCGUGGAGCGGUGGGCUUUACUCCAAAGAAUCGAACCCGACCGCCCGCAGCCCCCCGUCCACCCCGCAGGAGCCCUUCUGAUCUUCACACUGCAAGAGAAAGAUGUUUCAUCACGCAGAUGUGCUGGAACGGUUUACAGGAAUAUAUCCAGUGUUCACAAUGCUUCCACCCCUCACACGUCCGGCGUUUUCUCUUUGGAGUGAACAUGAACUUCACCCAUCGCACACGACUCCCGGAUCGCGCUGGGAAACGCAGAACAAGUUGUGUUUUUAUUCCGUCUUUUGCUUUCGGUUUCUCGCCCCUCUCUGUCCGAGUACUCGAGUGCUGAAGUUUAUUUGUAGAUAGAGCGUCUCUGAGUUCGUCUGCUCGUUUCUUUUUCAGACUCUUGGAAAUCCGUUUUUAGCAGGACCGCCGGAAAAGGACUUUUAUUUUGUACGACUGGAAACGUCAAGCCUUCCCUUUUCCAGCGCGCGGAAGGCGACGCAUCUGUACAGAUUCGCCACUGUAUAGAGAAACGAUAUUAGUUGUAUUAUACGCGAGAACAAAUUAUUUCUUCUACUGUCGAUAAAGAGAUUUUACUGUUGCAGUUUUGUUGAAAACACUCAGGACUCGAACGCUGAAGGCGACGGAGGAGAAACGGAUCACUCGCGAGCUGCUCCUCGCCAUUCCAUGGGACAGAUUUUACAGUUUACAUUCUUCAUUUCGUGCGUAUGUUUGUUGACAUGUUUUCAAAUGUUUUGUUGUUGUUGUUGUUGUUGUUGUUGUUGUUGUUGUGUAUGGCCAGAUGCCAUCAGAAAACGAGCACACACACAUUGUAUGUUUUUAUGUAUUUGUCUAUGAAGGGUACUUCCAACAGAGCGGCAGGUACAGCAUUAUAAAUAAUAAUAUCCGGAUUGAAGUAGCCGUAGUGAAGCUUGAAUGAGAUGAAGUGUCUGUGAGGUGAAGCUCUCUGCUGCAGCACGUCACAAAAACAUGAUGAAAGGAAUAAAGCAGAAGCAUCAUGAUACACAAACACCUCAGGACUCGUUGACUUCUCCGUUCUGCUCCUGGAGAUUCACAGUCGCUCUGGUGUUGAACUGGGGAGCACCACUGAAACCUUCACGGUCACAUUAGUGUCAGCGAGGCUGUGAUGUAUCUUCGGCCUCUGAAACAUUUGUUUUUCACUCUCCCUCGUAAAAGCGUCCCGUCUGAGGUGGUAAAACGCCACUGAUUUCUGCAUGUGAUCACGGUCGAAUGUUUCUUUGUUUUGUUUUCAGAAGCAGCUCGGACAAACGACUGACACGUUUGAUUUCUGUCCGUCCAGACGGUCCUCUUCUCUUGUAAACUUAUGUACAGUAACUGGAGUAUUUCUGUUAUAUUUGAAGAGAAAUUUUGAUACUUUUCCGUUCGCCUCUAGAAACGAGUUUUGUCGGACCAGACCGAGAGACAUUUCCUCUGAGAUCUAGAAACUACUUCACACGGUUUGUCAGGUGCACAUAAAGGUUUUUGUUUUUCCAUACUGCCAUUUAUGACAAAGGAACGUGGGAGGAAACGAGGCGUUCGGUGUCUUUUCUGUGGUCUGGACUGAAUAGAGGAGAUUGAAUAUUUGCUUGUAUUUGACUUUUAUCUUUUUUUUUCAUAGUCUUGGUGAAACAUUAUAGAGGAACGUGCACUGAAAACGUCUUAACUGAGUCGAAAUGUUGUUAGGUGAAAAUAGGCUGAUCACUAAAGUUUAAAACGAAUGAAAAAAAACAAAAAGAUGAAUAAUUCUGUCUGUAAAUGUUCACUGUGUUUUAUACAGUAACUUCAUUUUUGUUCACUUUGAACAUUUUUACGUAACAUAACAAACCGUAUUGUGCAAAGAGAUGUAAUUUUUUUGGAGUACUUGAAAUGCAUUAAUAAAAAGACUCGGUUGAUCUCUGA